CAUACAUACGUCUAAGAAAUAUAUGAGCCCAAAGAAAACACCAAAAUUAGACGCCUCAUAGACUAAUGCUCGACUGGUGCCUAAAAAAAAUGUCUUCUCCUCUCUUAGCAGUCUUUCUUCUACUGAUAGCCACCGCCUCUGCAGCGCCACUCCGGCCAGGAUUCUAUGCCGAGACAUGCCCAGAAGCUGAAUCAAUUGUGAGGAAAGUGAUGAGAAAGGCCAUGAUUAGGGAACCAAGAAGCGUUGCCUCUGUCAUGCGCUUUCAGUUCCAUGAUUGCUUUGUUAAUGGUUGUGAUGCUUCUUUAUUGCUGGAUGAUACGCCAACCAUGUUAGGAGAAAAACUUGCUCUUUCCAAUAUAAAUUCGUUAAGGUCUUUUGAAGUUAUCGAUGAAGUUAAAAACGAGUUAGAGAAAGUUUGUCCAGCAACCGUUUCUUGUGCAGAUAUUGUAAUCAUGGCCGCUAGAGAUGCUGUUGCUCUGAGUGGAGGGCCAGAUUGGGAAGUGAAGUUGGGGAGAAAAGAUAGCUUAACGGCAAGCCAAGAAGACUCAAAUAAUAUAAUGCCAAGUCCAAGAGCCAAUGCCAGUAUUCUAAUAGACUUAUUUUCAAGAUUCAAUCUUUCAGUCAAAGACCUUGUAGCCCUUUCUGGGUCCCAUUCAAUUGGUGAAGGAAGAUGUUUCUCUGUAAUGUUUAGGCUCUAUAACCAAUCAGGAACAGGCAAACCCGACCCGACAAUAGAACCAAAGUACAAAGAAAAGCUAAACAAGAUAUGCCCAAUAGGUGGAGAUGAGAAUGUGACAGUAUCUCUUGAUUCAACUCCAACCGUGUUUGAUAAUAUAUAUUUCAAAGACUUAAGUGAAGGGAGAGGAUUUUUAAAUUCUGAUGAAACACUUUUCACCUUUCAUCAUACAAAAGAAUAUGUUAAGCUCUUUAGUAGAGACCAAUCUGCCUUCUUUAAGGCUUUUGUUGAAGGAAUGAUAAAGAUGGGGGAUUUGCAAUCUGGCAGGCCUGGAGAGAUCAGAACAAAUUGCAGAGUUGUUAAUAGUGUUAGAAGGCCUGUUAAUGUUCUAAUGGAGUCUUGAUUUCAAGGCUUUUAGGAAGUAAUUUGAGAUUAUUAAACGAAUGAUAUAAUAGUUGCAAAUUAGUUAAUAUAUUCUGGGGAUAAUGUUAUAGUGGCUGCUGAUAUUGGAAAUUUGUUACUAUCAAUCAAUUUAUCUUUUUUUUAAUGUGGAUGAAUGGA